AUGGCCUACUUCUUGCCGUCGUUCUUCCAAAAGCGAUUGCUCCGAUAUGCGUUAUCUCGUCUCGGCCUUGUCGAUACAGAGGCCCUUGACCUGGACAGCCUGGGUAUUCGCUGGGGACAACGAAGUACCGUGGAACUACGAGAUAUUGGGUUGAGGCUGGAUAAAUUAGCUACGCUUCUUCACCUUCCUCCUUCAAGUGAGCUCGUCAGCGCCCGGGUUCGUUUCCUGAAGAUCACCGUCCCCGCGGAUAUCUACAGCAGCGGCAUCGUCUGCCAGGCCAGCGGCAUCGACGUCCAUCUGAGACUACUUUCCGACGACUCUCGCCAUGCUGGACAAGGCGACAGACCAACGGGGUCUGGCUCUGGCCAUGACCCUGCCCCCGAUCCGAUCAUCCCUAAUCCGACCGACCUCGCUCAAUCGUUCCUCCAGGCUGAACCAAAGGAGGAAAAGGAAGAACUGAAGGCUGCCAUAUCAUCUCAAUCUCAGGUCCUUCACCGUACAUCCACAUCAGGCAGCGAUGAUGAAGAGGAGCUUGGCUACGGCAAUGAGGGCGUCUCGUUGCCGAGUUUCGUUGCUGCGUUCCUCAAAGGUGUCGCAGACCGUCUGCAGGUCCAGGUGGAUGACAUAUCCAUCCGAGUCGACAUGGAGACGAAACAGGAUGCACCAUUAAAGAGGCAACCGGAAGAUAAGCCUGACUUGGUCACGGGGUUACUGACUGUUGGACAAGUCAAGGUGGAUGCUGUGUCUUCGCCAUCGAGUGAGGAUGAGACUUCCUCACGGAAUCAGCGACGGCUGAUCUCGUUGUCUGACAUCAACGUCGCCUUGGUGUCGGAACCUGUCGUUUUUUCUAAUUACUCAAGGUUCACUGUCCCGAUAUCUCCAGAGAUCACGUCUCCAGAGAGUCCUUUGCAGCCAAAGCCGAGCCCUCCCCCGAGCCAUGUUUCGUCCCCGCCAUCUGAGCCCGCGUCUGAAGAGGACACCGCACUGGACUUGACAAGGUCGAUACUCUUCGAGCCAUCUCGUGGACUAUCAGAAUCAAAGAUAAUAGAACAAUAUGCGCCCGAACAUGCGCCCGAGAUGGAAGGAUCUGUGUGCACCUACGACGGCAGAUUUUCUGACGCCGACACGGAGGAGGAAACCAGGAGUUAUGGUUACAUGGGAGAGUCGCAGAACCUACCGGUUGACGAUGAGAUACUGGACAAUCCUGCGUAUCUUGAUUCUGUGAUAGAUUCGCAUCUUCAUGAUGAUGAGCUUGAUGGCACUGAUCAUUUUUCACCGGAAGUCGGUCACCAUAUUUUGGGCAAUGAAGAUACCCCGCGCCUUCGGACACCAGAGUUGCACGCCGCCGGAUCAGCAUCACACUACAGUGAUACACAGAAUGCUAUGAUCCUUGCGCCCAGGUCACAGGUACCAGCUGUCACUAGCUUCGCACAGGAUCACCUACAACAUCCUGAAGCGGUUGAUGUUCCUACUCGACCAGCCUUGCCCGCGAUGGGGCUAGAGGUUACGCAAGAUCCCCAGCCGUAUGCUGAUAACCAACCAUCGCCUGUUACCUCUGUACCUCCUUCCGAAGCGAGUAGUUCAAGCUCAACAUCCGGAUCUUUCAACCAGGACGAGCUUUCCGAGUCCAGGCUCUUUUCUAACGAGGAGGCACAGAGUAUGUACAUGAGUGCCAUAAGUCAUGAUUCUAUGUCAAGAAGCUUCAUGCCAAAUAUUCCCGGUGCCUGGGAUUCCCCGGAAUCCACGGUAGUCAGGGACUCACAUGCUCAUGUGCACCAUGGAAACGGGCCCGAUGUACAUCAUAUGGACCAGGAUCAUGAUGAUGAGACUGCUGCCACCCCUAAACUAACUCCGCAGGCAGGAUUGCAUAUCUCGCAGGAGUGCCUUAUAGAUGAUUCUCCCGAGGCACAACAUGAGCUCACUGACAAAGAACGUUCUCAGGAUUCAUCAGGCCUGAACAAAUUCUCUGACGUCGCAAGACGGUUCUUUAGCAUCGACAAGGUCGUCAUUUCCAUACCUUCCGUGGAUGAAGAUGGCGACAGCGCAGAUGACACCCCAUCUGCGUCCUACACUGAAGAAGAAACUAGCGGCCUGGAGGAGACGACGGCAUGCUUGCGUGAAUCAGCAACUGAAGACUACUUUGUGCCGCCUGGCAGGAAGGCUUCUACACGAACUCGCAGUGAUACGAUCAGACCGGCCUCAUACGGGCACGAGGCCGCCGAAAAAGCUUCUCGGCCUUCGCAGCAUGAUGGGCAGACACAGUCUAAGCGGAGCCCGAACGACUUGGAGGUUGAGAUAUUCUCUGCGGAACUCCAAUUCGACAUCGCCAUCGGCUGGCUCGUGCUCAAGGUUGGACACAAGAUUCUUAAUGCUUUCAGCAAUGACAGCGAGGUCAGCCAGGACAUGAGUCAGCCGCAAGAGCAGAAGCGACAGGCUAUCAAGUUGGCUCUUCGCAACCUUGCCAUCAAAUUUGUCGAGCAUGUUCCCGGAUAUUCAUACCCUGCCGAAACAGACAGCUCGCCAUUCUUCGGUCUGCUGCAUAACGAUAUUUUGUUGCAGACAUGUCUGUCGGGCCUUGAAGCUCAGCUUUCAAUUGACAAAGACAUUACGAAGCUCCAUCUGAAUAUCAAAGGGUUUAGUCUCGGGUUCGCCUCUGAACACUUAAUAUCGUUCAGCGAGAAUUUCAAGAUGCGCGAUUCCGUUAGAGACGUCCUGUCAGCCGAGCAAGGGGAUAUCGAUCUGUCUAUCACAAAAUCACCUGAUUCCACCACUGUAAACCUCAUGACACUUCCUUUACAGCUAAACUUGAAUAUCCAGCGACUGGAAGAGGCCAUAGGCUGGUUUGGGGGGCUGAGCACGAUAUUGGAACUUGGCAACUCGAUCUCAUCGGCGUCAUCUCCGAAGGGGCCGAAGAAGGAGGCCCCGAAGCGUCCUCGUGGUGUGCACUUCGAAGAAUUUCCUCCACCGGCAGCGAGUGAACGAACAGGCUCGGCGCCCUUGAAGGUAAAUGUCAGGAUCGGAGGGCUUGCAGCAGAUGUGGUCGGAGAGACCCACUAUGUCAGGCUGAGGACAACCGCUGCCAAGAUCGUUAGCAGGCCUAGUGGCGUAGCAGUGCAGAUAGACAAGGCCAAAGUUACCGGCCCCUUGCCUCUGGACGAUUCUCGGGACGCUCCAGCCAAGAUAAGUCUGACCGAUAUCAGGGUUGAGUACCGAUUUUCUCCGAAGGAAGAAGACUUGGACCGGCUACUAGGCUUAAUCACUCCGUCCAAGGACAAGUACGACGAAGAUGAUGAUAUCAUGUUAGAUACGCUCUUCCGCCAGCGGAGGCAGGGUUCUGUACUCUGCGUCACGGUCUCUGGAGCACGGGUUGCUGUUUCUCGCACUACUGAUCUCGACUCCAUCUCCCAGCUGGCAGAUGAAUUGAGCCGACUGUCGAAUGUCACAAAGUACCUACCGGAGGAUGACAGGCCUGGUGUGCUGACCCUUGCACUGAUGCGUGAACUUGAGGUUCAGGUGCAUAUAGGUGGGAAGGUGGGGGAAAUGAGCGCCGUUCUUCGAAAUACCGAGCUAGCCUUUAUAAGUCUGCCUUCACUCAUUGCUGCGCAGCUGGGCUCUAUAUCGGUUGCUAGGAAUAGGGACGAAGAGCUUGUGGGAGAAGCAUCGGCAAUCGGUCACAAAUCCAGCCCAAGCCAGAGUCCACUUCCAGUCCUGAUGGCGCGCUAUAUUGCUGACGAGAUGGACCCCACGGUCAAAGUGAAGUUACACAACUUCCGCGCAGAAUAUACACUCCCAUCUAUCAUCGCCUUCCUCGGCCUCAGUGAGGAUAUGACUACUGGGGAUGUGGCUGCCAACAUGGCAAGCUCCUUGGCCAACCUCGCAGAGUUGCAGCCUCCACAUCAGAACGUCCAACCGGAGAAAGAGGGCCGUUCUGACACCCCUUCAAAGCCUAUCAAGUUGACAAUAGACCUUCGAGACUGCGUGCUCGGUCUCAACCCACGCGGCACCGGUGCGAAAGGCCUCGUAGUUCUUACAAACGCCAAGUUUUCUGGUGCAAUACAUGAUCCCGUGUCUUCUGAUGCCACACUAGAGCUCCGGAAAGCGUCUCUCAUGAUCAUAGAUGAUGUGGCGAACGUGGGAUAUGCAGACAAUGUCCAGAGGAGAAGCUCAGCUCCUCCGCACAGCAAUCAGGUGCAGUCUUUUAUUGACCAUGGUUUUGUGACGGUUUGCACAAUUUCUUCAGCCACAGCUACGGUCAAGAUAGUGAAGCUGAGUGAUGAUGGGGCAAAGUCACUCGAUGUGGAGCUGAGAGAUGAUCUGCUGAUCCUGGAGACCUGUGCCGACUCAACACAGACUCUCAUAAGCAUCGUCAAUGGGCUCCAGCCUCCUACUCCCCCAAGCGUAGCUGCGAAGUACCGUACAGAAGUACUGCCCAUCCAGGAUAUGCUAUCUUCUUUUACUGGAGAUGCUUUCUUUACAGACAUGCCGGAGCAACCCGAAACGACGGAGCCUGCUGAUCAGGAUCAGGGAGAAGGACAUUUGGAAGAUGAGCGUGACUAUGUCAGUGACUUCAAACAUGUCACCUCGGUCCCCGAACAUGGAUCUUUGACAGAGGGUAUGAUGGCGGGUUCGAACGAACUACUAGAUAGCUUCCACUCGCAGUACUAUGUGUCAUCGAGUAUCUCCGAGCUGGACUUCCGAGAGGAUCACUUUGCCCAAAAAUCUGCUGUUGGUGGUACAGCGCAUCGCUGGGAUUCUACCCAAAACACUUACGGACUCUCAGACGACUCCAAGCUUCAGAAGAGCCCGCUGAGGAUCAGAGUCCGCGACGCACAUGUGAUCUGGAACUUGUUCGAUGGAUACGACUGGCAGCGGACUAGGGAUACCAUAUCAAAGGCUGUGAAGGACGUGGAGCGGAAAGCCAUUGAACGGCGUGCGCGUGCUGGCAGCCGAGCGUCUCCCAGCUUUGACGAGGAAGAAGAGUCUGUGAUCGGCGACUGCUUGUUCAACUCGAUCUAUAUCGGUGUCCCUGCCAAUAAGGAUCCCCGCGACAUCCGUAAUGACAUCAAUCGCAACAUCGACGACCUCGCUAGUGAAACGGGAAGCUACGCGACUACGACGACUGUCACUGGGGCCACGGUCCGGCAAAGCCAGUCGCCCUCGGUCCGAGGAAAGAAGCUGCGCUUGUCUCGAAGCAAGUACCAUAAGAUGACAUUCGAACUCAAGGGCAUAUGUGCGGACCUGGUCGUAUUCCCACCCGAUUCCGGGGAAACACAGAGCUCAUUAGAUGUUCGCAUUAAAGACCUGGAGGUGUUUGAUCAUGUGCCUACUUCUACGUGGAAGAAAUUCGCAACAUAUAUGCACGAAGCGGGCGAGAAAGAGAGUGGGACAAGCAUGAUUCACCUGGAGAUUUUGACUGUGAGACCGGUACCUCAGCUUGCAGCAACCGAAAUCGUGCUUAAGGCGACCAUACUCCCUCUGCGGUUACAUGUCGAUCAAGACGCUUUGGAUUUUAUAUGCCGCUUCUUCGAAUUCCGUGAUGAUUCAGCGCCGACUCCAACCGCUCCGAGCGAUGUUCCCUUUUUACAAAGAGUCGAGGUGAAUGCCGUUCCUGUCAGACUUGAUUUCAAGCCUAAGCGAGUCGACUACGCGGGACUCAGGUCUGGCCGGACGACCGAGUUCAUGAAUUUCUUCAUACUGGAUGCAGCUGACAUGACCAUGCGACACGUCAUCAUCUACGGGGUGUCGGGCUUUGACAAGCUUGGGCAAACGCUCAACGACAUCUGGAUGCCAGAUAUCAAGAGGAACCAGCUGCCAGGCGUGCUGGCUGGACUUGCUCCGAUCCGGUCUCUCGUUAACGUGGGCGGAGGGGUGAAGGAUCUCGUGGCGGUACCUGUGCGCGAGUACCGCAAAGACGGUCGCCUUGUACGAAGCAUCCAAAAAGGCGCAUUAUCCUUCGCGAAGACCACUUCGAACGAGCUCGUCAAGCUGGGUGCCAAGCUUGCUAUCGGAACACAGACGGUCCUCCAAGGCGCCGAAGAUAUUCUCACUACCCCUAAUGCGUCGGGAGCUGGCGUAGAAGACGAGUACGCGGACGAUGAAGAAGCGAAGAAGAUCUCUCUGUACGCCGAUCAACCCGUAGGGGUGGUCCAAGGUCUUCGCGGCGCAUUCCGGGGGCUGGAGCGCGAUCUGCUUCUGACACGGGAUGCCAUAGUCGCGGUGCCUGGCGAAGUUAUGGAAAGUGGAAGCGCCAAGGCCGCCGCCAAAGCUGUCUGGAAGCGUGCUCCGACUGUGGUUCUUCGGCCUGCCAUUGGUGUAUCCAAGGCCGUGGGGCAGACGCUGCUGGGGGCUGGGAACACACUGGAUCCUAGUAACCGGCGAAAGAUGGAAGAUAAAUAUAAACGCCAUUAA